UGUGUCAUUCAUUCUGUCAGCUUUCUGAGGGAAAAACAUGUUGCAAUACCGCGCAUCCAUUGCACCUAGGGCGCACGACUUUUGGCUGGAGCCGUGAGGUGGUUUUAUUGCAUUUUGUUGGAUUGAGCAACCCAAUUGUAAAAUGUGGACGAUUCCGAAGCCGAGAUACAGAAGCGGUUCGUGUGGUGACGGGGAGCCCGAGAUCACUGUGAACAUUGGCGGGGUCCGAGUGGUGCUUUUCGGGGAUGUUUUGAAUCGAUACCCGGAGAGCAGACUGGCCGAGUUGGCGAAGUGCUCAUCUGCGCUAAACGACGAACUUAUUUCGUCUCUUUGUGACGAUUUUGACCCCGGACGAAAGGAAUUUUAUUUUGACCGAGAUCCAGAUGCGUUCAAGUGCAUCAUCGAUGUUUAUUACUUCGACGAAAUCCACAUUAAACGCGGCAUUUGUCCCAUUUGCUUCAUCAAGGAAAUGGAGUUCUGGAAAAUAGAACAAAGUGCUUUAGAUGAGUGCUGCAAAAGUUACUUGAGCGAGAGGGAGGGGGAGCUUCGGGAGAUAGCGAGCAAAGUGAAGGUAAUUUUGGAGGACAUGGCAGACGACCGGAGUGCAGCGGCCACCCAGAGGUGCCAACGCUUCUUGUGGAGGCUUAUGGAGAAACCCGGUUCCUCCCUCCCGGCGCGCGUUAUCGCCAUAGCGUCCUUCCUGUCUGUCCUGGUGUCAGCGGUGGUGAUGUGCGUCGGAACCAUCCCAGAAUUGCAGGUUACAGACGCCGAGGGAGACCUGGUGGAGCACCCGACUUUGGAGGCCAUCGAAACGGCGUGCAUGCUGUGGUUCACCGUGGAGUACACACUGCGCCUCGCCGCCUCACCCAAUAAACUACACUUUGCCUUGUCCUUCAUGAACGUCGUGGACUUCAUGGCUAUUAUGCCUUUCUAUGUAGUCCUCAGUUUGACCUACCUUGGCACCACCUCCGUGAUGGAACUGGGCAACGUUCAGCAGGCGGUCCAGGCACUGCGCAUUAUGCGCAUCGCGCGUGUUUUCAAGUUGGCACGUCACUCGUCGGGACUGCAGACGCUGACAUACGCGCUGAAGAGGAGCCUCAAGGAGCUGGGGCUGCUUCUCAUGUACAUGGGCGUGGGGAUCUUUGUGUUCUCCGCUCUGGGCUACACCAUGGAGCAAAGUCACCCCGAGACUUUGUUCAGGAGCAUUCCACAAUCCUUCUGGUGGGCCAUCAUCACCAUGACGACGGUGGGAUACGGCGACAUCUACCCCAAAACCACACUGGGCAAGUGCAACGCGGCAGUGAGCUUCCUGUGUGGGGUCAUAGCCAUCGCGUUACCCAUACACCCCAUUAUUAAUAACUUUGUGGUGUUCUACAACAAACAGCAAGUGUUGGAGACUGCAGCCAAACACGAGGUGGAGUUGAUGGAGCUCAAGUCUGCUGGGGACUCGCGCAGAAAAGACAGCGACAAAGAUGACGCGCACCUAGAAUGAUGAUAAUGAGCAACAUUUCAGGCAUCAGUGAAAAGUCAGAACCAUGACAUAUGAAAAUGGUAAAACAUGGUUGUCCAAACUAAUUGCCAGACACCACUUCGGUUUUGUAGCAUAUCUGAAAAUUCUAGUGUAAUUCUAAACUGUAUUUGUUACUUUGUGGACUGGGUGGCAAGGGAGGAGUUUCAUUUCUUGGUUCCUUGUAUUUAGAACUAAAAUAGUAAGAACAUUUAUUUUCGUAAAACCCAGAUGACUAAAGAUAAUUCAGUGACAGCAGUACAUAGUGUGAAUAGCCAUUGUGUGCAUCACUUUCAUGUCCUUGUUAAUGUCAGUUUAGUACUGAUUGGUAUUGAUUUGGUUCUGAAUGUGGAGGUGGACUUGGCUGCUGGACAGUGCAUUGGUAGAUUCUGUGUUAUGAGAUAUAGGGCCACAGGCCACCCCAAGGCCCUUAAAAAAUCCUUGACUUAUUGCAUUAUCACUCAACAGUUUUUGUUGUAGUGUAUAUGUG